AUGCGCAAUUUGUCUCUCAUUUUCUUCCUGGCUACCCUGGGAUUCCUCACCGGACAUCUCGCUCUCGCUGCAGAGAUCGGGCAUUCCCUUGCAUACUCGUGGGGUGCUGUGGUAUGCCAGCUGCUCCUCAGCGUGGGUGGACUCUGCCAGCUACUGUGUCGGGGAAGCACGCGCGGGGCCUCGUAUACGUUAUGGCUUUCUCGCUUCCUCGGAUCGUCCUGCACUGUGGCUUUUGCAUCCUUGCGUUGGAUGUACUGGCCCGAGUCUUUUUCCUGGCUCAAUAGCCCUCUGGUUUUGUGGAGCCUGGCGCUUUUCCUCACGGUCGAUGGUUCCUACGGGCUCUGCUACUGGUACGUUCGCCAAUACGAGUUGUCUCUCAAGGAAGCUGAAGGGCGCAAAUCGAAGUAA